CCAGUUAUGAAACAAACCUAAAAUUUGUACACAAAAUACAACUGUAGAAUCAUAAAUAUAGUUUUUUUAAUAUAGUGAAACAAAUUGUUUACCCAAAGACAUUUCUUGACUUUAAACCUAUAUAUACACGUAUAUAAGUUAAUUCUGGAAUUCAAAGUCUUACUGGGGAAAUAUCAAAAUAGCAGUUAAACACAACUAAAAUAGAUAAGAUGCCCACUAUUAUUGCUCUGGAUGUGUCAUUGUCUAUGCAACGUCAAAUACCAGGCCGAAGUGAAGAAAAUACACUUACUUACCAUCAGUUAGCCGUCAAGGGUAUAUCACAAUUGCUAGAACAUUUGUCUGCCACAUCGAAAUUGGAAUAUGUUUCCUUAGUUGUAUACUCCACAACAUCCGAGGUAAAGGUAGAUUUUACGCGUGACUAUGACAUUAUUCGACAAGCUCUAAAGAAAAUAGAACCCGGUGACAAACUCUGCCUCAUAAGUAUGUUGAAAAAUGUUGCGAGUAUAUUGUCGACCAAUUGGGGCUUUCAAAACUAUUCUCAAGUUGUAGUGUUCACGGACUGUGGCUUAGGGUUUGGAAGUACUGCACUCAAGGGAUUUUUCCACAGUUAUGUCGACAAAGAAAAUGAACCUCAGUUCGAUUGGAUAACUCUACUGAAGGCAGUCAAGUUAAAUUUUGUGUGCAUGGGAGUUCAAAGUGAUUAUUACUUCACACGUUCUUUGCCAAUAUAUCAGCAGCUAAUAGAUUUCACAGGGCUUAAAGGUCAACUAUAUAUGCCGAAAGCUGUGAAAGAGACUAUGGAGAGUUUGGAAAAUAUAAAUGACAACAAUAAGCCACCAGGAAUCGCCAACGUCAACACAUCGACGCCCACAACAGGAACACAUUCAAGCCAUAAGAGUGAGCUUGGUCGCACUGCUAUGUUCGAUUUAAUUGAAAGAGUUUGUGAGGCCAAUUUUAAGCCUUAUGAAGUUACGCUUAAAGCUGGUGGUUAUUUCCGGUUGGAGUGUCCGGUUGUAAUAUGGCCCCGACCUGCGCCAUAUAAAACGGAGAAUGGAGUGAAAACCGAAUUAAAAAUAUCACAGAAAAUAGAGAUAUGUGGGUUUUUGUCCCUGUCCGAAAUUGGUUCACCCGUUUCCUUAAGCCGACAUUUAAUUAUUCCUAAAGUGGAUAGAGAAAAGCCAGCACGUCGUUCGUCUGAAAAAUUAAGUUCCUCAAAAUCUUCAUCGAGUGGAAGCGCUAGUGCCACUGUUAAACCAACAUUAGACGUAAACCAACCAAACUAUGAGUACGAAAAAUUAGAGCAGGAAAUACGAGAAUUCUAUACAAAAGACAUUAAAGAAGGUGAUGAAAGCAGCGAAGAUACUGAAACCAACGUUAAUAAAGCUGGAAGCGCUGCCUCAGCAACCGCAGCUGAAAAAGAAUCGAUGUGCGUUAUGCUCCAUGGCGCUUUGAAAGUUGAAAAUCUAGCUGCAUUGGUAUUAUUAAAUGAUAAUUGGUAUGGCUUUAUCUAUUCCUAUGCGGAUAGUAAGAAAAAAUCGAAUUUAAUGUUGAAUAUUUUACCACCCGGUAAUAAUGUUAUUCCCUGGUUGGGGGACCUGCAGUUAUUGGGAUUUGCUGAAGACUUAUUGCCAGGCGAAACAAACGCAUUUCCAGUGAAGGCCGAAAAGCGUUCAUAUUCCCAAAGUUGUGUGGUGUGGAUAAAACAAGUAAGUUUGCAGUCUGACGUGCAAAAAGUACUGCGACAUGCAAAGAAAAUGCCAGAGAAGACGCAGCACUUCUAUAAGGAAUUAAACCGCAUACGACGCGCUGCACUAUCCAUUGGCUUUGUUGAUCUGCUCGAAGCGAUGGCGACACUCUUUGAAAAAGAAAUUUCUCAACUUUCGGUGAAUACAAAUCCGGAAUGCAUCCUGCAAUUGAAACAUGCAGUCAAUGAGUUAAGAACUGAAGAAAGUCUAGAUAUAAAAACGUCUAUUACACCAUACCACAAAUUUGUGCCCACGGGUGGUGGCAACGAUAGUGCGCCUUCAGGUUUUAUGUAUUAAGUAACUAAAAUACGUGCAUUUCAUGUGAAAUGUCUUUUUAUAAUGUUAGUAUAAUCUUAGA